AUGGCGGCGCCCUGUACCGGCUUCAUGUGUCUUCGCAUGUUGUGCAACCUUGGAAAUAAAACAUUUGAGACAAGUAGCAGACUUAAUACAAACUGGACCUGGGUCAAACGGUAUAGGACGAAAGUCGGAGCAGAUAAUCGUAGUGAAUCAGGAUCUGAAAAAGCCAGAGGGCACCCUGACCUUCUGAGGGAGUAUCCUGAACCAAAGAGCCUUCUCCAUAAUACACUUUCCAAAUCACUAGGGCUGUCUGACCCCUCCAAACUUAUCCGGUACCACUGCACAGAUGGACAAGUUAAGAGAGCCACCGUCACAUUGUUCUGGCCUCAGAAGAUCGAGGUGGAGGGCUUUGGUUCCAGGCGGAUAGAUGCAGAGCGCUGCGCUGCAGCCGCCGCCUGUCACAGACUGAGAGAGCUGGGUGUCCUGGGGCCUGGUAAUGAGGCACUGUGGAAGGGAGCAGACAGAGGCUUGGGGUCACACACAUCCCACUGGAAGGAUCUUGAGGAAGACCUGGGGACCCAUAGAGACGCUGAUAACAUUCAGCAUCAUCAGAGAAUGAAAGUUGAAGGACAGCUAGAAGAAGACCCCAGAGUUUCCCUGGCACUGUCCAUGUUCUCGACACCUAAACUUCUCCUGUCUAAGGUCAUUCAGACUGCUACAUGCUCCAGCAGAGUCAGGGAGCUGGUUCGGUAUAGGACAGCUGGUGGAAAGGUGAAGACCUGUGACCUGAUGCUGUACUGGCCAGAGGAGAUGAUCUUCACAGCUAAGGGACGGCGCAAACUGGAGGCAGAGACUCGCGCUGCUGCUUUAGCUUGCCUCAGGCUCAAGGAACUGGAGUUGCUGGAUUCCAGGAACAAUCCCCUGACCCAUGCCCAGUAUCACCGGGAGGAGGUACGUGAGGUUGAUGAGAGAGAGAAGAGACCGUGUCACUUGGAGAUACCAGAGGACCUGGAAAACAGGAUUAAACAAUACCUGUCCAAGUAUCCGGUCGAAGCACAGAUGCAAAAGAUUUGGGAUGAGGAAGAGGAGCGAGCAAUGCAGCAACAGUUUACCAAUGAUGAGGAAGAUGAAGAUGACAUCAUAGAUACCAUCUCUGGCCAGCCAUACCACCCUUUACCACCCGAAGAGGCAAGUUUGCUGAGUGACUGCCUUCGUAGCCAUUGGGAGAGAGCAGGGCCUGGUCUGGGAGCGGAGCUUCCUGUGGACAGUCACAGGGAGCGUUUGGUGGCAGCGGUGGAGUCGUCACAAGUGGUGGUGGUUGCUGGAGAAACAGGCUGUGGGAAGACCACCCGAAUCCCACGUUUUCUAUUGGAAGGCCGUGUGAGGGCAGGAGACGGGGCCAACUGCAACAUCCUCGUCACGCAACCCCGGAGGAUCAGCGCCGUGUCUGUGGCCAACCGUGUGGCACAGGAAAUGGGCCCCGCCCUCAGACACCAUGUGGGAUACCAGGUGAGGCUGGAGUCGCGGCCACCGGAGUCCAGCGGGGGGGCUCUCCUUUUCCUCACAGUGGGAGUGCUCCUGCGGAAGUUGCAGGGGAACCCAGCGCUGCAGGGUGUCAGUCACGUGGUGGUGGACGAGGUGCACGAGCGCGACGUUAACACUGACCUCCUCCUGGCCCUGUUACGCUCCGCCCUGCAGGAGAACCCAGACCUCCGGGUGGUCCUCAUGAGUGCCACGGGGGAUACACAGAGACUCACUGCCUAUUUUGGAGACUGUCCCGUGAUCAGUGUGCCAGGGUUUAUGUACCCAGUGAGGGAGAGGUUCCUGGAGGACCUGGAAAGAGAGAUGGGCAGAAGACUGGUAACAGCCAGCAGCAAGGAAAGACAGACACAGAGUGGUGAUGAUGACAAUGAUGCCACUCCUGAUGUGGACUUGGUGGCGGAUGUUAUCAGUCACGUUCACACACAUGGCGAGCCAGGUGCUGUUUUGUGUUUUCUCCCUGGCUGGCAGGACAUUAAGGCUGUGCAGCAGAAACUAGAGGAAAGACCUGCCUACAGAUCUGGCUCCCAGCUCAUUUUACCACUUCACUCUAGCAUGGCAGUGGCAGAUCAACAGGCUGUGUUCCAGCACCCCCUGGAGGGCCAGCGUAAAAUAGUCCUGGCCACGAAUAUUGCCGAGACCUCCAUCACUAUUGACGAUAUUGUGCAUGUGGUGGACACGGGGGCUCAGAAAGAACAGAGUUACGACCCACGGACCAAGGUUUCAUGCUUAGACACUGUCUGGGUGUCACGCUCCAACGUCACACAGCGUAGAGGCAGGGCAGGACGCUGCCAACCAGGACACGCCUACCACCUCUUCCCACGGAAAUGGCUGAACUCCAUGACAACAUUCCCCAUCCCAGAGAUCCUCCGCAUCCCUUUGGAAAAUUUGGUGGUCCAGGCCAAAAUUCACAGCCCACAGAGUAAGGCUGUGGACUUCUUGUCUCAGGUUAUGGAUGCUCCUCAGAGUGAGGCAGUGAGGGAUGCAGUGAGAAACCUGCAGGAAAUUGGAGUACUGGACAGGUUUGAGUGUCUCACCCCUCUUGGGGAGAGAGUGGCGUGUAUGUCGUGCGACCCGCGGCUGGGUAAAGUUCUGGUUCUUUCAGUUCUGUUCAGCUGUGUUCUGCCGGCAUUGUCUGUGGCUGCCUGUCUGACCCGAGACCCAUUCCACAACAGCUUGCAGAACCGGGCCUUCAUCAUCAAGGCCAAGCAGGCUUUAUGCGGAGACAGCUGCAGUGAUUAUGUUGUGUGUAAUCGAGUGGUGCAGGGCUGGAGGGAGAAACGGGACAGACAGAGCCGACAGGAAUAUUUAGACACACACACCCUGUCUGGAGCCAGCCUUCGCUUUAUACAUGGCCUGAUGCAGCAGUUCAGUGAGAAUCUGUGUGAAGCUCAGCUAGUGGAGAACUCAACAGACUGCCUCCGUCUCCUGUCCCAACACAACCAGCACAGUCAGGAGGAAGAACUGCUCAAGGCCGUGAUUAUGGCCGGACUGUACCCCAACCUUAUCCAUGUGAAAAAGGGAACCGUGACCAAAACGGGCAGGUUUCGUCCAGACAGGCUUUCAUACCACACGCAGAGAGGACGGGUGUUAAUGCACAGGUCCACUGUCAACAGGGAUCAGGAUCAACUUCCUAGCCGCUGGCUCAUGUUCUUUAAUGCUGUGAAAUCCAACGACAAUGUUUUCAUCAGAGACUCAUCUGUGGUGCAUCCGCUAGCUGUCUUACUGCUCACAGACUGUGACCUGGCAGAGAGAGUGUUGGGUGACCGUGUGCAAGUGGCACUGCCUGGGCGUUCUCUCAUCCGGUGGGAGAUGAGGGCACAGACGUGGGAGGUGCUUUGGGACCUGAGGAGCUCCAUCCAGGCUAUGCUCCACCGCAAGCUUCAGCCCUCACUCCAGGGUUCUCAGAGAGAUGAUGCAGCCUCACAGGAUGAGGAGCUGGUGUCUUUACUGGUGGAUCUGCUGAACAAGACUCCCCAGCAAACCGACGCUGAAGCCCUCAGUGACUCUGAGUGA